AUGGAGACAUGGCUGCUGGGAGCCACCAUUCUCCUCUGCCUGGUAGAUGUUCUCCAUGCCUUUGCAAUUGAAGAGAAAGGAGAUGUGUUCAAGCGGAUGGCUUGUCCUGCUUUCCUGGUGUUCGACAAUGCCGCGUACCUGGCUGACAUGACCUUUGAGCUGCCUUGCAACUGCAAGCCUGAAGAGGUCUCUUCCGUCAUCUGGUACUUCCAGAAGAACAUGGGCAGCCACAAAACCACUGUCCUGACAGACUUUGCUGGCACCAUGGUGGUCGACUCGGGCCAUAUCCGCCUGGGCAGCAGCGUGCUGAAGCGUUUCAGUAUCCGGAUGUUCAGCCUCAUCGUCUUCCGAGCCCAGGUGUCGGACUCGGGACACUACCUGUGCGGCACUAAGAAAGGGGACUACUUUUAUGGCUAUGAUGUGGAUGUGCAGCCCACCAAGCACGUCACAGUGGCUUUUGUGGACAGAGGCCAGCAUGUCCAGGACGACUACACAGGUCAGAUCUUCAGCCUCUUCACCACCUUCUGGGACUGGACCAGAUGCGACCGCUGUGGGGUGAGAGGUGAGCAGCGGCGGAUCGGACUCUGUUACAUGCGGAGCGCCCAGCUGCACCCCCGAUACCGCACCGCUGUGCCCAACGUCACAUCCUGUGGCUCAAGCGCUGUCCCCGCACAUUUCCAGCACCCUGACCACCUCCGGAAACCUGAGGUGGCCAUCCGGAGCUGCCUGACCCCUUGCCUGAAGAAGGAAGUCCCCGAGGAAGGUGUGCAGGUCAUCUCCAAUGUCAUUUCCAAACUGGGCGAGAAGCCCUGGCUGCCCCGCAUCCCCACGCAGUUUCAUCAGCAGCCCAUUGGAAGUGACCUGAUCAUCAUGUGCCCUGGAGCCCGGCCUGAGCAUGCUGUGGCGUGGGACAAGGAUUCUGUCAGGCUCUACCGCUCCCGCUAUCUCAUCAGUGUCAACAAGAGCAUGAGGGUCUUCAUUGACCACGGAAACCACCUGCACAUCCAGCGAGUCCGAAACAGCGAUAGAGGCACCUACUUCUGCUGGCGGGAGGGCGAGAUGGUGGCUGGCUUUCGGCUCAGCGUGAUCCGCCAGCGCCGGCACCGGCGGACACUCAGUGAUCCCGAGACCAUCUAUGCCAUCAAGGCCAUCGGCAUGAGCUACACCUUCAUCAGCAUCAUCUUCAUCGUCGCCCACCUGUGCCGCUGCUGCUGGUGGGUGUUCAGGUGCCCUGCCAGAGCACAGCAUCUCCACCACAGCCCCCACACAUCACUCUUAGACCUGGGACCAUCCUCCCGGUAG